CAACAUCCCGGAUUCCUGUGCAACACGACAGAAUAUAUUUCCGAAAACACUUAAGUUGAAUUGCUGAAGGUGUUUUUUGUUUACACACACACAACUGGACCCAUACGGUGAUACCGGACGCUUCUCGCGGCCCAGGUCCGGUUCUGGGCCCUCGAGUAAUCAGAUCUGUGGGUGGUUCUUCCUCUUCUCAGCCGGCUGUUGCUUCUGUCAUACUUUAACAAAAACACGGACGCUGUAAUAAAGGAUCAAAUUUGAUGCCAUCAAAUUUAUUUGCACCAUCUUGACGCGCAAACUUUUUAAUUAAUAGUUUUAUACUGUACAGAUAAAGAUGGAUUUUAACGUGAAGAGAUUUGCAGCGGACGCUGGUACUUUAUUCAGUCGGGCGGUGCAAUUCACAGAAGAAAAAUUCGGCCAGGCAGAGAAGACAGAACUGGACGCACAUUUGGAGACUCUCCUCACUAGAGCUGAAUGCACUAAACACUGGACAGAGAAGAUUUUGAAGCAAACAGAAGUGCUACUGCAACCAAACCCAAAUGCCAGAAUAGAAGAAUUAUUGUAUGAGAAACUCGACAAGAAGGCCCCAACACGGAUGAACAACCAUGAGCUUAUGGGUCAGUCUAUGAUCGACUCUGGGAAUGAAUUUGGGCCAGGAACAGCCUAUGGAAAUGCUCUGAUAAAGUGUGGCGAGACAGAAAAGCAGAUCGGAGGAGCGGAACGAGAGUUCAUUCAGAGCUCUGCCAUUAAUUUCCUUACGCCUUUCCGCAACUUUCUAGAAGGAGAUUUCAAGACUAUAUUGAAAGAGCGCAAACUGCUUCAGAACAAACGACUGGACCUUGAUGCAGCAAAGACCAAGCUAAAGAAAGCAAAAAUGGCUGACGCCAGAGCUGUGGCCGAGCAGGAUCUGAAGAUGACGCAGAGUGAGUUCGACAGACAGGCGGAGAUCACCAGGCUUCUUCUGGAAGGAAUCAGCAGUACACAUGCGCAUCAUCUCCGCUGCCUUAAUGACUUUGUGGAGGCUCAGAUGACAUAUUACGCUCAGUGUUACCAGUACAUGGUCGACCUCCAAAAGCAGUUGGGAAACUUUCCUUCAGCUUUCACUUCCAACAACAACCAGUCGACAGCCAGCGGUGGAGCCAGUGUUUCUGUACCCAUCCUGCCACUAUCGACUCCUCUUCCUUCCACCACAAGCAACACGUCCUCAGGUUUCACCGAAAUGCAGAACUUCAGCGGGAGCCGUAAAGCGCGGGUGCUGUACGAUUACGACGCCGCCGGUAGCAAUGAACUCUCCUUAUUGGCCGAUGAGGUGAUCAUGGUGAGCAGCGUUCCAGGCAUGGACUCUGAUUGGCUGAUGGGGGAACGUGGGAGUCAGAAGGGAAAAGUGCCUAUUACCUAUUUGGAGCUGUUAAAUUAAGAGGAAUUGAGAGUUGUUGGAACCAAAACGGAGAGGUAUGGUGUAAUCCAGCUGUGCUGCGUAACAUAUGCAACGUUUGACGUCUUGUUGCUGCUCAUAUGCAACAGUUUUUCAUCGGACGUGACGUCUUAAAGUCCCAGUUUGGUAAGAGGUUCUAACUCGAGGGCUGUUUACAUUAAUUAUUGCAGAAUAUUUAAAAACAAACAAA